AUGGAACAGCGGCCAUUCGAGCCGAUUUUGCGGCCUGUAGGUAGCAUACCGAAUUCUUGUGAACAUCUUCAUCACAGGUUUGUUCUUUUCACACCAAAUUUAUCUGCUGAAAUCAAUGGCUGUAUCUAUAUAUAUGCUUCGCUGCUGAAUUUCAUUGUGAUUAAAUGCAGUUCUGCAAUAGAAGAGAUGGGGAAAGAUGAUAGCUCACCUGGUGCUGGUUCAGAAUCUCCUUCCAAGUUCAACUUCUCCCUUUGGGCAAGAUGCCUUUUGGGGCCUGCGUUGAGUUUCUUCUUGCCGAUCUGGAAGGGUAAAUGGGCAAAUUUGAUGAGGAUUGAAGGAGAAGCAGAGAUGGUGGUGGAAGUGGCGGAGAAUGCGGCGGAAGUGGUGGAAAAGGUAGCCACGGUGGCGGAGAAUGUUGCAGCCGAGGAGGCGGAAAAGUUUCCCGAUUAUAGCUCGCUGAAAAAGGCUGCCAUGGUGGUGGAACAUGUUUCGGAAAUAGCUGCCAAAGAUGCUCAUUCCACAGCAGAAUUCAUUCAUCAGGGUUUUGGUCGCGACGACAAGACGGUUUUGAUGGUGUCAACUGUGACGAUCAUAGACUGA